AUGGAGGAACAUCGAAGUGGAAAGGUGAACCGCUAUGAGAAAGAGUCAGCGUGGUGUUAUGGCCUGCGCAUAAUGCUUGCCAGCGUUCUAUCCGGAGAGAAAUCAAAGGAAAAUCAUCCGGGCCCUGUCUUAGCGGCUGUUGAAGCAGUUGGCAUCAGCAUCAAAAAGACUUCAGUCAGCUCCCAGUUCAUAAUCACCUGGGUACCUGGUCUUUUUAGCAGCCCUGGCGUGACUUUGGGCCACAAGCUACCCGACGGUGAUCUCUGUGAUCGGAACAAACCGACCAGCCGUUGUUCACGCAUGUACCGAGAGGAGAGUGUCCUUUAUAUAACCUGCGAUGGCGCUCAAAGUCGCCUCUUGGUUUAUCUUCUGUUCCCUUCGUGA